AUGUUCGAGAUAUCAAGGCAACAUGGCUGGUUUUCAGGUCUUCCUUCGAAAAAUCAAGGCGACAGUCAUUGCUCUCCGGUCGUCAUUCGAGAUAUCAAGAAAACAUGUUCAGGAAAUCAAGGCCACGAGGCUAGUUUUCAGGUCAUCGUUCUAAAAAUAAAGGCAACAAUGCAAGUUUUCUGGUCGUCUUUAGAGAAUAGAAGGCAACAUGUUCCAGCAGCCCAGGCAACGAGGCUAGUUUCCUGGUCGUCGUUCAAGAAAACAAGGCAACAUGGCUACUUUUCAGGAUAUUGUUAA